GGUAGUGAAACGGCACGGAUCACGUGGUGCCUUCAAAGGCUCUCGCGUCAUUUCGAAAACGGAUUCCCUGGCGCUGUUUCCGCCCCUGGACCGUCUGUGUGUGUGUACCCGAGUCCUUCCUACAGCGCGAGGUGAAGCCUUUUAUGAUCCCCGGGUGCGUGAAUGUUGUGAAUUAAACGCCUCCUGCACCACAAAACAAGGCUGGGAAAGUAUUUCCACUAACGACGACCUCUUUACAAGUUCUUUAAAUCUUUCUUCCCAAAAGAGGUGGCAGUGUAUGUGUGUGGGUGUGAGGGAGUGUGUGUGUGUAUGGUGUUUGGGUGUGUGUAAGUAAUGGACCAGCAAAGACAACGUGCUCUCUCCACAUCUGGGGAAACACUGUACCAAGUUCUCGGGGUUACCAAGAACGCUACACCAGAUGACAUUAAAAAGUGCUACAGGAAACUAGCGCUGAAGUUUCACCCGGACAAAAACCCUAAUAACCCAGAAGCAGCAGAGAAGUUUAAGGAGAUAAACAACGCUAACGCCAUCCUCAACGAUCCCACCAAACGCAACAUCUACGACCAGUACGGCUCUCUCGGCCUCUACGUGGCUGAGCAGUUUGGAGAAGAGAACGUUAACACCUACUUUGUGCUGUCCAGCUGGUGGGCCAAAGCGCUGUUUAUCUUCUGCGGCAUUGCCACGGGUUGCUACUGCUGCUGCUGCCUGUGCUGCUGCUGUAACUGCUGCUGUGGGAAGUGUAAACCACAACCUCCUAUGGAACACGAUCCUGAGUUUUAUGUCUCCCCCGAGGACCUGGAGGCUCAGAUGAAGGCGGAUGAGAGAGACGGAGAUCCCAUCGUGGUGCAACCGUCCUCAGCGACAGAAACCACUCAGCUCACUGCAGACGGUCACCACACCAGCUAUCGCACUGACGGUGGACUCAACUAGACGACUUUUUUUUUUCAUUUUUUUUUCCCUCCCCCUCCUGUACAACACCUGACCAGCAGAGGGAGCCAUCCUGCGUCCUCCACCCAGGGACUGCCAAGAGUGGCCAGAACGAGUGGGCAGAUGUCCGUCUAUCUCUGCUGUGAAAUGUCAAAGCUCUCAAAGCAUGUGUAAAUGAGCUAGUUUUUUUUUUUUUUUUCUCACUUCCUCAUGUCCCACAUGCAGUCGCCCCCCCCCCACCCGCCCAAACACACACACACACACACACACACACACACACACACACACACAACCCUGCUCAGUCCUGUGUUUCUGGAGAUAAACAACCGUACCUGGAUGUCCAUAUAUACAUUUAAUUUAAUUUAUUGACCUUCACUUCACAAGACACAUCUCUUGACAUUUAUGAUUUUUUUCUAAUAGUUUUAUGAAUUUCAUUAUAUUGUGUUUUAGGAUUUUGAUGUUGAUUUUUUUUGAUGGAGUAGAGGAAUGGGUUGCCAUGUCUGGACCAUUUUAGCUCAAAUGUCUUUGGUUUUCUGUUUUAAAAUACUUUUUAGCGAAGAAAAAUCCUACACUGCUUGUUAUAAA